GCCUUUUCCCCGGCCCGGAGCCUACUGGCCGCCUUUGCGACAGCCUGAAGUGAGCGGCGGCGCCCGCGGGAGCGGAGCGAGGCGGCCGCGGUGCGAUGAGGCCGCAGCAAGCGCCCGUGUCGGGCAAAGUGUUCAUCCAGCGUGACUACAGUGGUGGGACACGCUGCCAGUUCCAGAGCAAGUUCCCGGCCGAGCUGGAGAACCGGAUUGAUAGGCAGCAGUUUGAAGAGACUGUCCGAACGCUGAAUAACCUUUAUGCUGAAGCUGAGAAACUUGGGGGCCAAUCCUACCUUGAAGGGUGUCUGGCCUGUCUGACUGCCUAUACUAUCUUCUUGUGCAUGGAAACACAUUAUGAGAAGGUUCUAAAGAAAAUUGCCAAGUUCAUUCAGGAACAGAAUGAGAAGAUCUAUGCUCCUCAGGGCCUCCUUCUGACCGACCCCAUUGAAAGAGGACUAAGAGUUAUUGAAAUUACCAUUUAUGAAGACAGAGGCAUGAGCAGUGGAAGAUAAAACUGUGGAGUCUCAGCAGACAGCUCAACAGUGGACUUGCUGUAUCAGUUCCCCUACCUCCUACUUUAGAGCAUCAUUCCUCUUUCUGCUGCCAGAUCCACAGUGCCAUUUUCUACAGGGACUGACUUCCUAAAACUACUCCACGUGGUGUGACCCAGCUGGUCAGCAUACAUUUUGUGGCAAAUUAUUGAGCAGUGAGAUCACUGUUAAGUUUCUCAAGAAAAGAGCAGAAAUGGUGAAGCUGCGUACUCUUCUGACAGAACCGCUUAGCCCGACAGAAGUCUAGUCAUGUAAAUGUGGUGCUGUUCCUCCCUACUUCUUAAACUUUCUGUACAUCGAUUGGGCUUUGGAAACCUACAAGUCAGAGUGGAACUUUACAGAAGAAAGGCUUUCCCUCGAGUUCAGUAUUGCAGUGAGGGAUACAUGGUGCCUCUUCCUGGUGAGAAGUGACUCAAGGCAACAAGCAUUUUAAGCUUCCUGUACUGUUUCUUAUGGAAAACUAGAAGGCAAAGUGUUUCUUGUUUUAAUGUUUUGGUUAUUCCUAGAAGAGAGGGAGGAAUAGCUGGACUUCAUUCCUGGUGUUUUUUCUACUGCUGUGUAUGUGCUGUUAUUGUAUCUGUCAGUGCUGAUCAGAAGAGGGAGUCUAUUCUUGGAUAAAACAGGAAGUACAAUAAAAUGGAUGCUGAACCAAUAAACGUAACUCUUCCCCUACUCUGAUUAAUAUGUGAAGUGUAAAACUGUUUCUUUAUGAAUUUAUUAUAACUUAUAGGAAAAUGCUGAUUUGACAAACUUAGCUGUUGUGUAAGAUGGUUUCUUAACUCUUGUUUGCUGGCACGCUGUUGAGAAGUAGAGCUGUGCGUUACUCCGUCUGUUUGUGCAUUAACAUUCCUCAGCAAUAGCUAAAAGCACGGUUCCUAGAAACCUGGUUGGUUUCAUCCUUUCCUCUUGUAUCCUUUUCCCGUCUCAAGGAUUUGAGUUCUGAGCGCCAUUAUCCAAUUGUGGAAGGAAUUCAAGAACUUAAACUGAGAAAUUCUACAGAACAGAUGAAGUGUUUUGGCUUUUGGUGGUGCUGUAGGUGCUACUGCGUCUGAAAUUCCAGGCUUGUUCCUCAGCCACUGGUUUCUGUUUGUUUGUUUUUCUUUUUUUGAGAUUUGUUUAACAUUCUAACUGUAUAAAACUUGGUUUUCUAAACUGUAACAGUGGUUGCCUUUCAUGUCUGUUGCAAUACUGGCAGAAGUGCUAAUGGAUCAGUAAAUUUUUUCUUAAACUGUG